AUGAGUGCCGAUGAAGCCUCCACAUCGUCCAAGCAGCCCCCAACAGGAUGUGUUGACCUCGAAUCUUCAGUUGAAACCUUCUCCAACUUCUUGAGCAAAUUUCAAUUUGACAAGGCUCGAGAAUUUUGUGAAGAACAACGUCUAACGCAAGCUGCGUACAUUGGCUGCAAGCAAUGGCAAUGCUUGGUAGCUAAUCUUGUCCAGGUACGUGAAAUUUUCAAAAAAUUUAUUAUUUUUGAUAUUAUUUUAGUUGGCCUCAAGUGAAUCCCAUUACUUCUCCCUGACCUUUUUCUCCUCGAAAUUUUCGUUCAAGAAGGACAACCAUGUCCGAGAAGGCUAUAUGACUAUAAAGUAAGACUUUUUCCAUUCGUUUUUUCUGAUUUUAGAAAUGAACUAGACAACUGCUAUGAUGAAUGCGAAAAGCUCGGGGAAUCCAAUGAAUCUUGCGAAGAAUUCAUGUUGCUACUGCAGCAACUCAUCUGUCUUUGUACGAUUCGAAUUAAACUAGUCGAAUUCUACGUUUUCUUAGCGAGUAAGAGACAUUUCUCGAUAAUUUUCUUGAAUUUCCUCAUGAAUAAUGUAACUUUUGCUCGAAAACCUCAAAUUUUUAGCCGAAAACUGGCGUCAGACUGUCACAGAAGCCGGACAACACCUCAAUAUGAUCAAUCAAUCGAUGGCGAAGGUUUUGAAGAACGACAUUCGUCUUCCGCAACUAAAAGCCGUCAAAACCGAGCUGGACAUUCUCCGAAAAUUCUUUCGAAUUCAGUCGGAUUUGCUGGAUGUCAGCUUCGUGGAGAGUUUAAUCCAGAUCAAGGAGGUGGCCCACGACUUGGCCACCUGGUUUUCGCAUGUUCCAUUCAAGGCGUCGGCGUCGAAGCCGCAUUUUUUUCUCUUCGCCUUCGCCAAAACGACCAAGUGUGGGCCAAAAUUGCUUUUAUUGUGCUGGUUCUCCACUUUCUACAACACUUUGUUGGCCAAACUUUGUCUAUACUCUCAUGACUUGUUCGCCAUCCACAUUCCGUCCAGUGAGAUGAAGAGUUUGCUUUCUGCGCAGCCGAGUUUCCUUCAAAGCAUCUUGUCCUAUGCGAGACGGGUAAAUUCGCAUAUGAUUUGCUUGUUGUUGAAUCGAAUGGGUGUCAACGAGGAUUUUUAUGGUGAGGAGAGGUUGUAGUUUUAAUUUGGGGAAAUUUUUUUGAGGAAAAUCGAGUUUUAAGAGAGAAAUUACCUUAUUUUAGGUAAAAUAAGGUAAUUUUUUGCAAAAAAUUGAUUUUUAAAAAUUAUUUUUCUCUGAUUUGGUUUUAAAAUGUUCUAAAUACGGGCCGUUACGUAUUUUACACAACAUUUGAUAAUGUUCCGACAAAAAAAUUAUAUUACUUUAGGUCUAAUGUUAUACUAAAAUAAUACAUUUUGUUAGUUUUUUGAGCUCAACAAAUUAUUUCUGAGAUCUGAAAUCGAGUUUUAAUCAUAACGAGAUUUGUGAACCCCGUAUUUUACCAAAAAUUCCUCCUUCUCACCUACUGCAAUAUAAUUAUUCCAGGAUUCGGCUAUAAAAACGUGAUCACCCGCUUUGGCCCGGAUAAUCUCGAGCCAAUCAACGGGAGACAUGGAAUUUACCCAGCGCUUUUUCGAUACCCUAACGAUCAAAAACUUUUCGACACGUUGCACCCAAGUAUAAUAUCGCUGAUCCAGGAUUCGGCCGAAAGAAAUGGUUCCGACGAAAGAGUACGCCACUACUUUGAUGGACGAAGCAAUAUUGUGAGUUGUUUUUGCUUUGUUUUUUUCGAAUUUUAGGUUCGUUCACAUCGAAAGUCAAGUCGUAUUUUAGACGUAUUUUACUGUCCUGGUGGAGAAGAAUGUCCAUUUCACCGCCGUGUUUAAUCGUAAAGUCUCGGAGAAGGAUCAGAAUGUCCAGCAAAUGUUCAGAGACGUGUUGGAUGGCCUAAGAUUGAUCAGUCUUAUCAAUGACCUAAGGCAAUGUCAUAAAAAUUAG